AUGGCAAACCCUAAAGUUUUCUUCGAUAUGACUGUCAGUGACCAACCUACUGGAUGCAUCAUCUUCGAGCUCUUCACCGAUGUUACUCCCAAAACCACUGAGAAUUUCUGUGCUCUCUGCUCCAGCGAGAAAGGAGUCGGUCGCAGCAGUAACUCACUCCACUUCAAGGGAUCCUCCUUCCAUCGUGUGAUCCCUGACUUUAUGUGUCAGGGAGGUGACUUCACCGCCGGAAACAACACCGGAGGAGAAUCGAUCUACGGUUCCAAGUUCGCUGACGAGAACUUCAUCAAGGAGCACGCCGGUCCAGGAACCUUAUCCAUGGAGAGCGUCAGUCCCGGAACCAAUGGACCUUAG